AUGGUCAAGAAAGGCAAGGCAAAGGCCGACACCCCAACCCCGAACCCUUCGGCGGGCAAGGACCAAGGCAAGGGCAAAAAGGGCCAGAAACAGGGCGCUCCAGCUCCAGCUCCCGAGGGGCCACCUCCGAAACCCACAGUGAAGCAGCUUAUCGGAGGCUCUUCAUGGACUGGAAAGUUGCCAGUAAAUCUGUUGAGCGAGCACUGCCAGAAGCAACGUUGGGACAAGCCCGAUUUUGACACCAGGAAGACCCCUGAUGGCUUCUCCGUCUGGAUCACCCUGAGCGCCAAGGACCUCAAGACACAGGAGCUCGUCAAGCUUGAGCCUUUCAAGAUUCCCACAACCCACAAGCACUUGAUUCUACGACCCACCGCUAUCGAGGCCAAACAUGCGGCUGCUACCUAUGCCCUUUUCAGGGUUUGCAGCAUGCUGAACAAGCACAUGGUCCUCCCACCGGAUCACAAAGCGCUAUGGAAGGAGUUCCAAGCGUUGAAGGCUGAGGAUGUCAAGGAGGGAAAGGCCUGGAUGUACGAGGCGGACCCUUUCAAGACUCUCCAAGAGCGCCAGGACGCCAAGUCUAAUGCCGAGAAGAAGAGGAAGGAGAUGGAGGCAGCCAAGGCCAAAGCCAAGGCCAUGCCUGGAGCGUCGGGUCUGGCGCUGAUGAACGGUGACGGUCGGUCUAACAUCAUGAAGGGCUGGACUACCGCGCCUAAAGUCGAAAUGGGAAGGAAGACCAGGUCACAGCUGGAGACUUUGCUGCGAGGCGGUGUGACCUGGAACCCUCACAAGAUUUCCAUGCCCAAGUCUAAGAAGGAUGCUAUUGUGACUGAGCUGAGCAAGCUCGGGUUCCGACGCAGCCAUGCGGAAGAGGCAGUGGAGUACUGCAAGGACAGGGAAGAGACUCUCGAGUGGUUGCUUAUCCACAUACCGGAAGACGACCUCCCUCGGUGGGCGCUACCGGAGAGCUACUCGGCCGGUGUAUCUGUUGGGGCCACGGACCUUAAAAGGGAGGGCAUCAUCAAGCGCCUGUCCGAAACGGGUUAUUCUCUCGAGCUGGCCACGAAGGUCCUCGAUGAACAAGGCGGUGACGAGGAUAAGGCAGCCGAAACACUCCAAAACCUGCUCUUCUCAAGCAAGGUUGAAGCUGACAGCGACUCUGAUUUCCUGGACAUGGGAUCUCCCGAGGAGCAAUGGGAGGACGAGGUUGGAAGCCUAGAGGCUAUAUAUGGCGAAGGCUUUGAACGCGAUGGCGACAAGGUCAUCCGUAUCAAGUUGGAUUCAGUCAAGAACGGACCUCAAGGAAACGUAGAGACAUUCUUGCAAGUUCGCAGGGCGGCCACCUAUCCAGCAAACCUCAUACUCUCCAUUGUCGCUAACCUUCCCUCUUAUAUCAAGCUGAGCAUCAUCAGGAAAGCUUUGCAACAUAGCGAAGAGGCCUUAAGAGACGAGCCUACUAAGAUCUUCCUAGUUAUGGACUGGAUUCAGCAGAACAUCAACAGCAUCAUCGAACAUCCCGGAAAGCUGGUGGAGAUUUCCUCCGUUUCUUCUGCAGCGUCUGAGACGAAGCCGAUCGCGGCUAUUUCAAGCACCCAGCGGUCACAUCGCCACGUAAAGCCACUCAAGUGGAUCGAAAGUCCCCGGAGCAGAGAGCAGUGGCUGCGGCGACAACAAUCGCCUUCUCUGAAAGAUAUGAUUUCGAAACGCAAGAAGCUGCCGGCGUGGCACAUGUGUGACGCCAUUGUGAGAACGGUUGAAGAAAACCACGUUACCAUUAUCAGUGGAGAGACGGGUUCAGGAAAGUCGACUCAGUCGAUGCAGUUCAUUCUUGAUGACCUGUAUGAGAGGGGACUCGGUGGGUGUGCAAACAUCAUCGUGACGCAACCGCGACGAAUCUCAGCUUUGGGACUGGCGGAUCGUGUGGCGGAAGAGAGAUGCACUCGGGUUGGCGACGAAGUGGGAUACGCUAUCCGUGGCGAAUCUCGCAGGUCCAAGGAUACCCGGAUCACAUUCGUGACGACUGGUGUGCUUCUGCGACGACUCCAGACUUCUGGAGGACGGGUAGAGGAUGUCGUGGCAGCUCUGGCGGACGUCAGUCACGUUGUCAUCGAUGAAGUGCACGAACGGAGUCUUGAUACCGACUUCUUGCUGAACCUCAUUCGUGAAGUCAUGAGGAUGAAACAGAAUACUCUGAAGCUCAUCCUCAUGUCCGCUACGCUUGAUGCGUCAACUUUUGCGAACUACUUUACUUCUGAAGGACUGAGUGUUGGUAUGGUUGAAAUUGCUGGCCGAACGUUUCCGGUGGAAGAAUAUUACCUUGACGACGUUGUCCGAAUGACUGGGUAUGGCAUCGACAGGGCUGACACCGGACUCAUAUCUGGUGAUACCAUGGGCAAGAUCAUCCAGAAGAUGGGCCACCGCAUAAACUAUAACCUCAUUGUGGAGACUGUCAGGGCCAUCGAUUAUGAGCUGUCAUAUGAAAAGAAGACUGGCGGAAUUCUCAUUUUCCUCCCUGGAGUAGGCGAGAUCAACCAAGCGUGUGGUGCCCUGAGGCAGCUCGGAUCACUUCAUGUCCUCCCUCUGCACGCAUCGCUCGAGACACGAGAGCAGAAGAGGGUGUUUGCUAGUGCACCACACGGCAAGCGCAAGAUCGUGGUCGCGACCAAUGUGGCGGAAACUUCCAUCACCAUUGACGAUAUAAUUGCCGUUAUCGAUAGUGGCAAGGUAAAGGAAACGAGUUUCGAUGCGGUCAACAACAUGAGGAAGCUCGAAGAGACGUGGGCAUCGCAGGCAGCUGGCAAGCAACGACGUGGUCGAGCUGGUCGAGUCCAAGAGGGUAGAUGUUACAAACUCUUCACCGAAAACUUGGAGAAGCAGAUGGCCGAGCGACCAGAGCCCGAAAUUCGACGUGUACCCCUAGAGCAGCUGUGUCUUUCGGUUCGUGCCAUGGGCAUGAGGGACGUUGCAGGGUUCCUUGGACGGUCCCCGACACCUCCUGACGCAACUGCCAUCGACGGUGCAAUGAAGCUGUUGCGGCGAAUGGGAGUGUUGGAUGGAGAUGAGCUCACGGCCAUGGGUCAGCAGCUGGCCAUGCUGCCUGCGGACUUGCGAUGCGGCAAGUUGAUGGUGUUUGGCGCCAUCUUCGGCUGCUUGGACGACUCUGUGACCAUUGCGGCUAUCCUGAGCACUCGAAGUCCAUUCGUUUCCCCUUCAGAGAGGAGGGAUGAAGCGAGAACAGCCCGAAUGAGGUUCUGCAAGGGAGACGGCGACCUCUUGACGGAUCUGGAAGCCUUCAAGCAGUGGGAUGACAUGAUGCAAGAUCGGAUGCCCCAACGUCAAAUCCGAAGCUUCUGCGAAGAGAGCUUCCUUGCGUACCAGACCCUGACCGAUAUCUCCAACACGCGAUCUCAAUACUACUCAGCGCUGGCCGAGAUUGGCAUUGUCACAUCAUCAGAGGCUUCUAGCGAGGCACAUGCUCGAGGCGCCUACGCAGGCGGCUCGCAACUCUUGCGGGCGCUGAUUGCAGCGGCCUUUACACCGCAGAUUUCACGAAUCCAGUAUCCCGACAAAAAGUUCGCGAGCUCCAUGUCCGGUGCGGUCGAGCUGGAUCCUGAGGCGCGUGCUAUCAAGUACUUCAACCAGGAGAACGGGCGGGUAUUUGUGCACCCAAGCAGCACGCUCUUUGGUAGCCAGGGCUUCUCGGGAAAUGCGGCCUAUAUGUCGUACUUUACCCUCAUCUCGACAAGCAAGAUCUUUAUUCGAGACCUCACUCCGUUCAAUGCGUAUACGCUGCUGCUCUUCUCCGGUCCCAUCGAACUAGACACGCUAGGCCGAGGUCUUCUUGUUGACGGAUGGCUACGGCUCAGAGGAUGGGCCAGGGUUGGAGUCCUGGUGGCGAGGUUGCGUGGGAUGGUGGAUGAGUUGAUUGCGAAGAAGGUGGAGAGUCCAGAGCUGGGGCUCGAGAACAACGAGGUGAUCAAGUUGGUUACGAAGAUGAUAGAGCUCGACGGAUUAGAUGCUUAG